UGAAAGCACACUGUAGUCCACCAAGUAUUUGUUUUGAAUUCACAGAGGAAGAAGGAAAUACUAAAGGCACUUGUGUUUCCUGCAUUUAUUGAGGGUGGACAGCUACCUCUCUCCUGGACCUCGGUGAUAUUAAAUUACGUAUUAAUGGCGGAAGCGCCGGAGAAAACCGUAGGGUUGAAAAUAGAGGAGGGAGAAGGAGCGAGGUUGCGGGCCCUGAAGGACGCCAUCAACCACACUGUUGAGAAGAUUCUCGGGUCCUGGAAACCUUCCUUAUUUGUCAAGUGCUUUCCCUUACUUGCAAAAGAAAAUGAGGAAUGCUUGGAAGCUAUAAGAGUCUCUGUGGUGGAAUCUGUGCGUAGAGUUAUCUAUGAAGACAUUAAUGCCAUCAUUGAAGAGGAUGUUGCCAAGUCUUUGGAAGAGCUUGGUACACUUGUCAAGAAAUACUCUGGACCUUUGAACAGAAAGUCAUGGCGACCAUCUGGUGAUCCUGUAAUGGACAUGAGAGCACAUGAUGCCAAGGUUCUGCAGUAUGAAAAAAUGCGCCUUCUUAAAUUAGUUCAGUCUGAAAGCAAAGCCUCAGAGCAUUUAUUGAAGAAGGUUGAAGCAGGUCGUGCAGAGUGUCAUAAAAACCACUUAGAGAUUAAAGAACACAUGUCAGUCCUGACCAAGCUAAAUGCUCUGGCUCUUGACCUCCCUCAGGAGAAAAUGAUGUCCCACACUGAAGCUGUUCUCUCUUCUGAUUUACCUAAAUUGUCUAUGGAUGAAUAAAAAUAUAAAUGUUAGCCUUUAGAAGAUACAAUUCAUAUUUUUAGAGAGAUUUUUAUAGCAUAUUUUCUCUUGAUAGUAUUAUAACAAUAUUUAUUGAUUUUACAAACACACCUGCUAGUUUUAGGACUGACUUCCCAUGGGUUCAGUUGGUUCACUAACUUAAUUUUAAUUUGAGCAAAAUAUGGAAGCUUUUUCUGUUAUAAUGAAAUUGGCACUAGUUAUAUUGUUUCCUUCCAAAAAUUAAGAUAUUAAGCUGUAUAUUUUAGCUUUUAAUAAAAUUUG